UAAAAACACCACUGUCUUUCACUCUGAAUCUGAGCUUUUGGAUAUGACGGAAAGCCUAACACCCGCUCUUCCGUUCGAUCUGGUGGCAGAAAUCCUGUGCCUGCUCCCCGUGAAACACCUCCUUCAACUCCGUUGCGUCUGCAAGUCAUGGAAUUAUCUUAUCUCUCAUGAUUCCAAUUUCGCCAAGAAGCAACUUCGUUUGUCAACCUCCAACCACGACCGCCGGCACCUCAUCCUAACCCCUACAAGCUUCUCAAGUGAGUUCCUUCUGUGUUAUUUCCCAGUUUCCUCUGUUUUCAGCAACUCUGUGUCCACCCAACUUAUUAGGUACCCUCUUAUUAUCAACUAUGGAGACAGUUUUGGGGAGGUUUCCACCUGUCACGGCAUGCUCUGUUUUGGAAUAGAUGAAUCUUUAGCUCUUUUAUGCAACCCUUCCAUUAGAAAAUUUAAGAUAUUGCCUCCUUUACAAAAUCAAAAUCCUUACCGAAGCUAUUUACAAACGUUUUAUACCUUAGUGUACGAUCGUUUUACUGAUAAUUAUAAGGUUAUCACUGUUUCUUUCUGUAAGAAAGUAGAAGUUAAUACUCAUACUUUGGGUACUGAUUAUUGGAAAAGGAUUCAGGACAUCCCAUAUCAAUGCUUCAUUCAAGGAUUGGGAGUAUUUGUCAGUGACACUGUUAAUUGGUUGGCUUAUGAUAUUUGUAGUUCUUUAUGGCACAUUGUUUCUCUUGAUUUAAACAAGGAGUCAUAUCGAAAGCUUUUGCAACCUCUUUAUAAUGAGCGAUUAAACACUAGUAUUACCUUGGAGGUGUUGAGGGAUUGUUUGUGCAUCCUUUCUCAUGGCGACAAGUUUUCUGAUAUUUGGAUUAUGAAAGAAUAUGGAAAUGAAGAGUCUUGGACUAAAUUGUUCAGUAUUCCUUACAUGGAAGGUCGUGGUUUUCUUGGCUAUUGCCAGUCAGUAUAUAUUUCGGAAGAUGACCAAGUUUUGAUGCAGUUUCUAAAGAUGGGGAAAUUCAGUUUGCUUGUCUAUGAUUCCAAAAAUGAUACUUUGAAGAUUCCUGAAAUUCAAAACGUUAAUGGUCGGAUGACACCAAACACCUACAUUGAGAGUUUGAUAUCACCUUUUUAGUAUUUUUAUUACGAUUUAGAUGUUAUGUUAUGUGACCCGAGCUAGAGACUCAACCACAACCUAUAUGUUAUUUUCUAAUCUUGUUAUUUAUAUUUAUGCUAUGCUUGUUCUGGGUACCGGUGGCUCCACGGUUUAUUGUUAGUUUAUAGGCUAUGUAAUCCGCGGUUUGAGAAAUUGCUAUGUUAUUUUCAUUUAUUUCUUAGUUAGAGUUGUUGGUUCGGUCAUUGUCGAUUAUGUUUUAUAUAGCUUACAAUCAUUUAUCAUUA